AUGAGAACGAGGUGUGCAGGUGUUCCGUCGACUGGGCAGCCGAGCGCAGCCGUCUUCACAGCUGCGAUCAGCGCAUGCGGCAGGAGAGGCCAGUGGCAGGAAGCUUUGGCAGUCCUGACCGCUAUACCUGCAAGAAGCUCGCAACUGAACGAGAUUUCCUUCAACGCCGCCAUCAGUGUAUGCGAAAAAGGCCACUGGCGAGCUGCUCUAAGCCUCUUUCGUUCCGCUGCUCUUUGGGUGCGGAGGGACGUGAUCACCUACAACAGCAGCCUGAGCACGUUCAGCGAGAGCGGUAGCUUGUGGGAGGUGGCAAUCAUGCAGCUGUCAGCCAUCCGGUUCGUGGGUUUGGAGCCCGAUCGGAUCUCCUUCAACGCCACGGCGACGGCGGGUACCUGGGCCUUCAGCCUCUUGGCCCUGCAGGAGCUCCGUGAACGAGGCGAGGCCGAUGCGGUGAGCUACAACUGCGGGAUCACGGCAACCGAGAAGGGCCAGGAGUGGCCCGUAGCCCUCCAACUCCUUGAGAACCUCAAUGCCGGCGGACUACGAGGCACGGUCGUGACGGCUGGUGCCGCUAUCAGUGCCUGCGCGGCCCAUGCUUGGGAAGAGGCGCUGCUUCAGUUGUUCCAGCUCCAGAUGCGAAGGCUGCAAUCGAGCAUUGCCCACAACGCUGCGAUGUGUGCCUGCGAGAGGAGCAGCCACUGGGAGCAGGCCCUUCUGCUGUUCGUUGGCAUGGUCUUUGCCAGCCUCCGCCCAUCCAUCAUCAGCUACAACACUACAAUGACAGCCUGUGUCUCCGGUGAGCAGUGGCAGAGGGCUCUGUCGCUGUUCAUGGAGACACCUGCUGCAGCAAGGACUGCUGUCACCUAUGGGGCAGCCAUCAGCGCGAUGGAGACAGCCAGGCAGUGGCAGGAGGCCGUGGCGCUCCUGGUGGAAUGCCGUGGUCGGAAGCUACGCCUGGAUCUGGUCAUCUUCAAUUCGGUCAUAAGUGCCUGCGAGAAAGGUGGCCACUGGCAAGGUGCCUUGCAGCUGCUAGAGGACCUCGAAGAGGCGUUUCUGGAGAAGAGCCUUGUCUCUUACAAUGCCGCCAUCAGCGCCUCUGAGAAGGCAGGACACUGGCAGCUCGCCUUAGGCCUCGUCGCAGAGCUUCGCCGGAGGCGGCUCCAGGAGAAUUUGAUCACGUGCUGCGCUGCAGUCGCUGCCUGCACCCGUGGAAUGGAAUGGUCUGCGGCCUUGUCGGUGCUGUCUCUGCAGCAGCGAAGGAAGCUGGAGCACCAUGUGGCAUACGUUUCAGCCGUCAGUGCUUGUGUGCAGUCGUGGCAGCACCAGCCAGCCCAGAGGGUUCUGUCUGAGCUGGAGAUGUUUCUUUGUGGACUGGCCAAGACCAGUGCGAGACUCGCAGAAACAGCAAAUCUGAGAUGA